AUGGUCGUGGUCCGUUUGGCUUGGCGUGAUCUGCCGUGGAAAGCUUGUUUAUUUUUGAUUACGUCCAGUUACCUAUAUCAUGUUAAACGGUUUUUGCUGAAACGUGUAGUAUUCCUCAUUUUUGAAGAUGUUAUAACAGUGUCACAUGCGAGGAUGCUUUCUAUAUCGCAGAUAACAACAACUUUCAUACUCUUACGCGUGCUGCCCACAUCUUGCUUCUCUGGAUGGUAUGAUAUCGAGGAAGUCAGGAAUACUCUCUAUGAACCAGAUAUCUCUUCAGUAUUGUCAGGAAUCAAUCCUACCUUCAAUCUUAGUAUCUUGUCUCCUGAUAAUAAAGAUAGCAUAUUGGAGAAGAUCUACGAGGAGAUGCCUACGAGGGACAACAAGAGUUACAUCUUUAUCAAGAGCAAAACGGGACAGAUCUUUGCCUGUAGAUUACCGCUAGUGAAACCACAAGAAAAGCCCCGAGAAACCAGCUAUAACCCCAAAUAUCUGGCGGAGCUUGUUUCAGCGAGUUUCUAUGUGAAGAAUUGCAUCACUAAGGACCUUGGAUGGUGGAAGUAUAAGCUUUGCAGAGGUAUCGAUGUGAAACAAUUUCAUGGAGCAAAGAAUGAAGCAGCGCAGAUUACAAAUUCGCUUGGGAUUUUCUUAGGAAAAUAUGCAGUGCCUCAAUAUCAGGUGAGUCUUUUUUCCUUGCAAUGAUG